AUGCACGAAGAGGACCAUGUAUAUGGUGAAGGAGUUGAUUUUUACACUUUAUCACGUGUCUAUGUCAAUCAAUCAUCAAAUUGUUCCUGUGAUGACACACCAUUGUGUAAAAUACCAGCGUUUAUUGACGACGAUGAUAAUUCAUUUCACAUUCCCGGAAUAUAUUUUGGAUGUUAUAUAGUUGAAUCACUUCUUCAAUCUAAUCUCGAUUGCUUUUAUAACCAAACAUGUAUUGAUGAGUUACGUCAUGCACUUAAUUCGUCUGUGACACUCAUUACAUCUGCUCUUGAUGUAACCAUACAAAGUCAGUAUGAGCGUAAUGAAACAAUCGAGCACAUUGUUGAUCAAUUGAUGAUCGAGCAAUGGAGGAACACAACAUCCCAUAAAGUCUAUUAUGAUCGAUGUCAUCCUUCUGUAUGUAUAUAUACAUAUGCUAGUAAAAAGAAUUGGCUCAAUGUAUUAACAUCGAUUAUUGUGCCUCUGGGUGGUCUGAAUCUUAUUCUGAAGAUCAUAGUGCCUCGCAUUAUCAUGCUGAUUUGGUCGCGUCUUCGUACAAAUCCAGGUAAAUGAACAGUUUUAGAGAUGAAAAUCAGUUGCUUACAAGUAUUACUAACUUUAACUUGUUUUAUUUCAGAACGAAAUGCACGUUUGCACAAUGAAAAUUUUCUACAAAUGAUUAAAAGAUAUAUUCUUAGUUUUAAUGUGUUUCAUACAUUAUCUCAUUCAAAUAUGGAUGAAGAAUACACGAGACGCACGCAAAUCAUCGCUACACGCGCCUAUCUGCUGACUUUGGUGGCUUCGCUUUUUGUGCUGAUAUUAUAUAGAUCUCAAGUAACUACCGUACGGUUGGUAACUAUUCAUGCACCUUCUUAUAUCGAGUAUGUUAACUUAUACGAUAACUAUUCUCAAUCUCUCGCAUGUCCUUGUACCAACACUAAUAUACAAUACGGUGAAUUUCUUCAGAUAGAAGUUCGAUUACAUCAAGUAUGUAACAGUAACUUUGUUUCUGAUCUAUAUUUCGC